CAAGUUUCAGUUCCAAGUCGACACUCGAACGGCAAACAGCUCGACGGAAAGGAAAACAUCUCGAAAAUGAAAUUCAAAACCCUAGCGAUCGUAUCGCUUUGCCUGGCCAGCAUCCAGGCCUCUAAAAUUGGCCAACAGCAGCCGCAGUUACCAAAGAAACAUCUGGUCUGCUACUACGAUUCGGCCAGCUUCGUAAAGGAAGGUCUUGGCAAACUGGUGAUCGAUGAGCUGGAGCCGGCCCUGCAAUUCUGCGACUAUCUGAUCUACGGCUAUGCCGGAAUCGAGCGGGACUCCCACAAGGCGGUGAGCCUGGACCAACAACUGGAUCUGGAUCUGGGCAAGGGACUGUACCGCACGGUGACCCGCUUGAAGCGAAAGUACCCCAAUAUCAAGAUCCUGCUCAGCGUGGGCGGCGACAAGGACAUUGAGACCGACAAGGAUGCCCAGGAGCUGCCCAACAAGUACCUGGAGCUCCUGGAGAGUUCCACGGGCCGUACUCGCUUCGUGAACACCGUCUACUCCCUGGUUAAGACCUACGGCUUCGAUGGCCUCGACGUGGCCUGGCAGUUCCCCAAGAACAAGCCCAAGAAGGUGCACAGUGGUCUGGGCAGCUUCUGGAAGGGUUUCAAGAAGGUCUUCACCGGCGACUCCAUUGUCGACGAAAAGUCUGAGGAGCACAAGGAGCAGUUCACUGCCCUGCUUCGUGAUGUGAAGAACGCCUUCCGUCCAGAUAACCUCUUGCUCUCCACCACUGUCCUGCCCAAUGUCAACUCCUCAUUGUUUUAUGAUAUUCCUGCUGUGAUCAACUAUUUGGACUUUGUCAACCUCGGAGCCUUUGACUUCUUCACUCCCCAACGCAAUCCCGAACUGGCCGACUACUCCGCCCCCAUCUAUGAGCUCAGCGAGCGCAAUCCCGAGUUCAACGUGGACUACCAGGUGAAGUUCUGGCUCCGACACAGCUGCCCGGCCAGCAAGAUCAACGUUGGCGUGGCCACCUACGGCCGCCCCUGGAAACUGUCUGACGAUUCCGGAGACACUGGUGUUCCACCAGUUUCCCAUGUGGUAGACGAGGCUCCAGUGGGUGCCAACACCCAGGUGCACGGCAUCUACAGCUGGCCUGAGGUGUGUGCCCUGCUGCCCAACCAGAACAAUGCCUACUCCAAGGGCGCUAACGCUCCCCUGACCAAGGUCGCCGAUCCCGCCAAGCGUUUCGGAUCCUACGCCUACAGGGCGGCUGACAAGAAGGGCGACAACGGCAUUUGGGUGAGCUACGAGGAUCCCGACACCGCCGCCGACAAGGCCGGCUAUGUCCGCACCAACAACCUGGGCGGUGUGGCCCUCUUCGAUCUGUCCUACGACGACUUCCGUGGUCAGUGCACCACUGAGAAGUACCCCAUCCUUCGGGCGGUCAAGUACCGUUUGGUCAACUAAACAAACUCCCACUUGACCACUUCAAAAUAUUAUGCUUUAUCAAAAAAAAAAAAGAACAAAAAGAAUUGUUAUGUCAAUAAAGAACCUGUAGAAUAA